AUGACGUUCAGCCAGGGACUGCUACGGCGGCUGCCCUUCUCGGCAUCGACAACUCCCCUCCAGGCCCUGACCUAUCUGCUGGGCAUAUCUCUAUUCAGCAUCUCGUUCCUCGUGUUCCUCAAUAGCAGUGUCUCGUUUGUUAUCACUGACCUGAUUGGCAUCAAGGAUGGCGUGGGCGACAUUGUAGGCACUCUAGGCUUCGUCGACGAGAUUGUGGUCCUCAUCGCCUGUCCCAUCUGGGGACUAGUUUCGGACCGCAGUGGCGUGCGCUAUGUUGCCGUGGUUGGAUAUUCCAUCAUUGGCCUGUCCCUAUUCCUAUUCGUCCAGGCGCGCAAUGUCUAUCCGCAGCUGUUGCUAGCUAGGAUACUCUUUGCCGUGGGCGCUGCAGCCGUAACCACCAUGGUUACGGCCAUCCUUCCAUCAUUGACCGACGAAACCGGGCCGGCCGCAGAACCCCCACGCGGACCAGUCUCACCCGGCGGAAGACCGAGCGUGACGCUGUCUGUCGACUCCGAGGCGACCAUCACCCCCGAACGCUUUCGCGGCGAUAGCAACCAGACAUCCACGGAUGGAGAAGAACCGUCCAUAGGCUCGGAGGGCAAGGGCAAAUCCUCCGCACUCGCCGGAUACGUCGGUCUCUUCACUGGCUGCGGCGCCCUAGUGGCGCUCGUUCUCUUUCUUCCCUUGCCAGCUCGCUUCAGCCACGUCGACGGCGUGACAUUUGCCGACGCAAUCAAGGACAGCUUCUAUAUUGUCGGCAAAUCCUCCCCUACCACCACCUCCUCAAACGCGCCCUCCAGCUCGGCCUCACCGACCACGACAUCACCCUCGGCUACCUGGGGCGGCUUCGUCGCGCGGGCAUCCACCGUCGCCAUCUCCCUCUUCCUCCCGCUCUUCGUCAACACCUACUUCUUCAGCCGCGGCUUCUGCCAGGGGUCGCCCACCGAUUCCUCGCCCGAGCUCAAGAAGGAGUGCCGCCAGGCCUACGUGCUCUCGUCCAUCCUCGCCGGCGUCGCCCAGCUCGUCGGCCUCGUCUGCGCGCCUCUCUUCGGCUACCUCGCCAGCCGCCGCACCCGCAUCAACUGGCCCGUCAUCGUGUCCGCUGUGUUGGGGAUCGUCGGGUACGUGGCGUUUCCGAUGCUGGAGAGCCCCGAGUACAAGGAUGUGGAAGGGCGGGGUGGGAGCCCAGUGGUGUUUUUGCUGGCUGCCCUGAUGGGGGUGAGCCAGAUCGGCGCGAUUGUGUGCAGUCUGGGGUCGCUCGGGCGCGGUGUGUUGAAGGUGGAGGUUGUCAACGUGCUGGCGCGGGUGGGCGGGGAUCAGGAGACACUCAUCGAGGACGCGGACGGCGAGGGUGAUACGGCGCCGUUGCUGGAAAAUGCGGCUACGUUGCCGGAGGAUACGGUUUCGAGGGUGAGGCUGAAGGGGUCAGUGGCUGGGGUGUAUUCGUGGUUUGGCGGCGCGGCGAUUUUGCUGCUGACCAAGCUGGGCGGGUAUUUGUUCGACGUUUGGUCUACGGGCGCGCCGUUCUACUUGAUGGCUGUGUUUAACGGGGUGUUAUUGCUUGCCAGCAUCGUGAUCGAUGUUGGCCGAGCGACUGGUGCUAGGAGGCGACACCACCUGCUUUGA